CCCAUGUUCCGAAAACUAAAAGGGAAACUAAAGAAGAAACUAUCCCCGAAUGAAUUGGCCAUUCUCGUCCUGAAAAUUGAAGGAAGCGGACAUGGAUGCCAACACUGACGUAUCCAGCCUGGCAGUGGGUUGCUUCCUCUCAAUCAAGACUACCUUCGGCGACGAAUUCGAAGCCCAAGUCAUCACCUACGACCGCACCACCAACCUUCUUGUUCUUCAAGAGGGAUCUAAAUCGGGGCCGAAGAGAAAUAUAAGGAUCUUGAAGGCCAACUAUAUAAAGGAAUUGUCCUACUUGGGUCAAGGGGAGGACCCAAUUGAUACCACCAAGUGUUGUAUUGACCUCCAUAGUCUCCAGACCAGAGAGGAUCAGGCGAUAAGGCAAGCGGAGGCUGAUGCCGAGAGGAUUGGGGUGGGUGUUACGACUGAAGCCCAGACCAUCUUCGAUGCAUUGUCUAAAACGCUUCCUGUUCGCUGGGACAAAACUGUCAUAGUUGUGAUGAAUGAGGUUCGUGUUAGCAGCCCAUAUCUUCCUGACUGUGUCAAUGGAGGAACUCCUGCUGCAAAUCAUCGGGUGAAGAAAGUGCUUGAGCUUGAGAGGAAGCGGCUGCACGGUCGUGGUGGCAGUCAGUGAUGAUUAUACUUGUAUUUCUCUUCCGCUGAGGAAAGCACACUAUUGAGAAAUGAAUUAGGUGGGAUAUGUAAUGUUGCUUGAAUGCUUCUACCCAACCUUAGAUUCAGUAUUAUCUGAGAAGAAAUAGUAACUUUUAACAAAUCAUCCUGAAGCUUAGGGUAAUCGGGUAGUUUAGUUUCUGCAUUAAGUUUUGAUCUGCUAGGGUUUUCAUUUUGUGGCAUUUGGCUUGUUAGUUGCGUUAUUCGUUAAUGAAGCAUGCUGGUCUUUCUUGUUAAAUUGAGUUGAUUCUCUUUCUCCA